GUAAGUAGAACUGCUGCUGUAAAAGAAAGAAAGAAAGAAAGAAAGAAAGAAAAGAUCAAAAGAACAAAUGGAAGCGCUUCCGGAGGAAACUCAAAUUCAAAAUGAAAAUCAGAAAGAUGAUCAUCAACUGGAAUCGCAAUCCCCUUCUUCUGCUUUCUCCUCAAAACCCAUCCGUCCCCCCACUCAGACAUCUUCACAGAAGUACUCCCCUUUAGAUUGGCAUGGCUAUUUUGACAAUGAGGAUGAUGUUUCCAUUCCUAACUCAAAUGAUGUCUUUCACAUCUAUACUGCAGGAAAAGAUGGACCGGUUGUUCUUUGUCUUCACGGCGGUGGCUAUUCUGGGCUCUCGUUUGCGAUUUCAGCUCGUAUAAUCAAGGAGAAAGCAAGAGUAGUGGCAAUGGACCUAAGAGGACACGGGAAAACAUCCACGGAAAAUGAAAUUGACAUGUCUAUUGAGACUCUAUGUAGCGAUGUCCAAGCCGUUGUGAAGACAAUGUAUGGAGAUGCUCCGCCAGCAAUUGUGCUUGUUGGCCACAGUAUGGGUGGUUCCGUUGCAGUCCAUGUAGCUGCGAAGAAAAUGCUACAUAGUCUGGCUGGACUCGUGGUUGUUGAUGUUGUUGAGGGGACAGCUAUGGCUUCAUUGAUGCACAUGCAGAAGAUUCUGUCAAAUCGGGUGCAGCAUUUUCCAAGUAUAGAGAAAGCGAUCGAGUGGAGUGUGAGAUCUGGAUCUUUAGGAAACAUCGAAUCCGCUCGAAUAUCAAUUCCCGGGACUGUGAAGUAUGAUGAUUCACAGCAAUGUUACCGUCACAGAGCACGAUUGGAGGAAACAGAACAGUAUUGGAGAGGAUGGUAUGAAGGCCUCUCUGAAAAGUUCCUAUCAUCUCCUGUCGCGAAGCUCUUGCUGUUAGCUGGAACAGAUAGACUUGACAGGGCUCUCACAAUCGGACAGAUGCAGGGUAAGUUUCAAAUGGUGGUUGUCCGACAUACCGGUCAUGCAAUACAGGAAGAUGUACCUGAUGAAUUUGCAUCCCUUAUACUCAAUUUCAUUUCGCGUAACCGAAUAGGUCCUCAUGGAGUCGAGAUUCCUGGAAUCCGCAAGCUAUCGCAGCCUCAUGCUUGAACAGAUGGAGUAAUAUGUAGAUGGUGAAUCCCUGGAAAAUAAUUACCGAAUGAUCCAAGAUGCUUGUAUGGAGAUAUAGAGAUUUUAUAGCUAGUGGCCUAUAGGGUUUGUCUAUAACUUUUGUUAAGUUACAAUAUGGCACCUGGUGUGUUGUAGUGUUAAAACUCACAGAUGUACUUUUAUAUCCGAUAUCCCAAGUACAAUCUACGUUUAACAUGGAUUAGUCAAAAUGUUCCAUACGGGUACCUGAUUUUGGAUGUAAACCUACUGGCACGGUCAAAACUUGUUGCUUAAGUCUGAUAAUUGACCCUUCUAUAGGGGAUUGUUGCGGUUUC